UUCGAACACCACAGGGCCUUACACGAUGUACCAGAAGGCUGGAGAAAGUUCGGCGCAAGGCGCUUCAGCUCCGAACAAGCCUUCUGCCACUAUUGCCCGGUUCUCCAAGCGUAGCACGCAGACAUUUGACCGCAACUCUUCUCUUCAGCCAUAUAUUACUUUCACCAUGGAAGCCUCGAAAGCUACACAAUUGGUGGUGAAAAUAUGGUCCAAAGAUCAAGGAACUUGUAAUCCAGAAAACCAGAGACCAAGCCCAUAUGACAACUCACAUACGUUCUUUGCUUUCGGUGUGGUUGAAUCUUCACGUUCAUCGCACGAGCAAGAAUUUGAUGAAGACGAUCUUAUCAUAUUUCAAAAGAAUGUUAGAGCAGGUCGCUUUGUAGCUUGUCAUACGAAUAGAUGGAAGAUUAGUAUCGAUAACAGAGAAGAUGAAGAAUCAGAAGAAUUAGAAGCCGAUGCUGAUGAGUUUCACGAUGAUGCAGACGUUGUUUGUGGGUGGGUGGAAUCGCUUAAGGAUGGCAAUAGCAUUGAAAUAGGAAUUUUCCCUAUAGCCCACUUCCCAGGAUGGGUAAACUACGUGUUGAGAAUGGAGGUAGAAGUGCAUUACGGCGGCCACGAUGCAGCCUUCUAUUCGAACCCGUCCGACUUUUGGAGCUCUAAUGAAGAUGGAGAUGGCAAAAAGAUCAAAGGUUAUGCAAGGCAUAUACGAAUGAUCAAAUUUGCCGACAAUAGUGAGCUAGGUCAUGCGUGGGCCUCACUAGCCAGAGGCCAAUUGACCAGUCUAUUCAACGAAACUGGGAGAAGUACAAAUGAGACAACAGAAACGGUGCGAACUCCUAAGACUGAGCUUGCAAAAAUUACGGCAAUAGCGGCAGAGUCCAUACCAGGCCCCUUCAAAACGCAGGCGCAGCAGCACCGCCUCCUUGUACGAACCCAUGAAUUGUUGGUCAAUUCAGUAGAGAAGGGAGAUAAUCCUAUUGUUCUUGAUCACGCCAUCAGCUACAUGACCUGCAAACUUGCCGAGUCAUCAAAAGGUGAUCAAGAUUACAAUGAGAGCUUAAGAGAUCUCGCUGUGGCUCACAUUCAAAGAUACAGAUCCAAGAAGAUAUAUAGUGAUCUGGAUACGGCUCUAGCGAUGUCCCAGGAGGUCUUGGCAAAUAUCCGCUCCAACCCAAGCGACGGUAACAUAAAGUUGUCAAACCUUAUGCAUAUGACAUCGCUUCAGCUUGUCUUACGGUACGCCUUGAGAGGGAAUACGAAUGAUCUUAGUGAGGCAAUGCAACUGCUGGAAGACGCUGUGCCACUGACGGCGAGGGAUACUAUGGCGUACUAUCGUGUAGUUGAGCAGCUUGCAGAUUGUUUGCAAUUCCGGUUUGAAAGAACUGGGUUAAUUGAUGAUAUAAAUCAGGCUAUUGAACUGCAGCGUCAAGUUCUCAGGGACUCGCCAGAUGACCGUGUUCUUGAAGCUGGAUUCAUGACUCGGCUGAGUGGGUUUCUAGCCAGACGGUUUACACGAACCAUGGAUAUGAAAGAUAUUGAUGAAUCUAUUCAGCUCGGGACACAAGCUUUAAAAUCGUAUCCGAAAGAUGCCCCAAAAAGAUCAGUCUGCGCGAAAGAGCUUGUCAGUCACUAUGCUAUACGAUUUCUAGCGACACAAGGCGAUCAUCUUGAAAAGUUUGGAAAACUUGAGCAGUUAGACGACUUAGAGAACGGAGCUCAAAUCCUCAGAGACUUGAUGAAAGAAAUGUCGCUCGAUGACCCGGUCUUUGAGGCUCUCUACCUAGACCUCAUGCAUAUCUCUAUGACCAAAUUUCGGCAGACAAAAGCCCCUGAAGAUCUCGAGACAUGCAUAGCAAUAGGACGCCAUGGCUUACAGAAAACCGUCGGACAAGAUUUGAAUCAUAUGGUUCAUCUUGGAUCGCUUGCAGAAGCCCUAUCGUUGAAAGCUUCCUGCCACCCUCAUCCUGGACACGUCGCCGAUGCCGAGAGCCUCCGGGAGGCCAUUGCGCACUAUAAAGAAUGCUUAGGCUCUCUUAAUUUAUUGCCGAUUGUACAUAUAAACUUUGGUCAACGAUACAUGAAGCUUUGUGGUGUAGCAGAAUCCUGGGACUGUGUAUGCGAGGCUGGAAGGACUGUUAUUUCGCUUUGUCGUGGGUUGAUGACGAGAACACUUUCAAGAGAUGAUAAGCAGUAUAUCCUUGGGCACAUGUUCGGGAUAGCCUCUAUGGCAGCCGCCGCAGUUCUCAACCAGCAAAACGACCCUUUUGAGGCGGUGACGUUUCUUGAAGAUGGCCGUGGGAUUCUGGCCAGUUAUCUGGAGGGCAUGCAUGUAGAUGUACAGAAGUUGGAACAAAAACACCCAUAUCUUGCCCAACGAUAUGUUGAAAAUCGUGACUUGGUGCAUCAAAUUACUGCCGUUCAGGAAAUGCAUCGACCGCACAACACUGCUGAGUUUAUUGUGGCUUCCCACGAAAAAAGAGCGAUUCGUGCAGAGUCAGAGCAGAGCUUGGAUGCUGUUUUAGAGGAGAUUCGUCAGCAGCCGGGAUUUGAAAAUUUUGGUUUGCGUCCUACAAAGUUGGCUCUCACAGGUUUAGGAACCAUUGUCAUCAUCAACGUCAGUUUGCUUGGCGGCCAUGCUAUAAUUGUGCGUGACGAUAAGAUUGACGCACUGGAGCUGCCAUUUCUUCACAUGUGUAUGCUUAAGACAUACGAGGAAGAAUUUCAAUUAGGGAGUCCUAUCAUUCUAGAAUGGCUGUGGGAUGCUGUAGUGAGUCCUGUAUUGGAGUUCCUCGGAUUUACGGAAUCUCCAGCGGCUGGUGAAGGCUGGCCUCGUGUUUGGUGGAUUCCAACAGGACCCUUGACAAGAUUCUCGCUGCAUGCUGCGGGCUAUCAUCUCAACGGGUCUUCAGCUACCGUUAUAGAUAGGGUCAUGUCAUCCUACAGUCCUUCGAUUACGGCGCUUAUUCGAAGCCGCGAUCGGGCGAAACCACAACAAUCCCGCGCAGACAAAUCUGCCGUACUCAUCGCCAUGGAGAAUACACCAGGUGCACUCAAGCCACUUCAAUUCGCUGCGGAGGAGGCGGCGGUCGUAGAAUCCCUCUGUGACACUAUGGAUAUCAAAACGUUUCGGCCGGCUGCGGAUAAGCAAGGAGUGAGUAAUCUACUCCCAAACUGCGACAUUUUUCAUUUUGCCGGCCACGGGUGUACCAAUCCUCAAGAUCCAUCGCAAAGUUAUCUAGCACUCCAAGACUAUCUAGAUACGCCCUUUUCUGUGGAAUAUUUGCUGGGUAUGAGCUUAUGGAAGAAUUCGCCUUUCCUAGCGUAUCUCUCUGCGUGCGGAACUGGGCUUGUGAAAGACCACAAGUACUUUGACGAGAGUAUACACUUGAUUAGUGCGUUCCAGCUUGCAGGAUUCCAACAUGUUAUUGGUACCUUGUGGGAGGUAGAAGACUUUACCUGUGUUGCCAUGGCCGGGUUGACAUAUCAAACGAUGAAUGACCACGAAAUGAGCGAUGAGUCUGUCUGUUUGGGGCUUCAUACUGCUACGCGGGAAUUGCGCGAUGAAUGGGUAAGCCAAUGUGCUACGGCAGGGUCUACCAGGGCUACGGUAGUGGGAGACGCAAUCAGAAACAAGCAGCCAGAAGGCGGUAGGCUUGACCAUGGAAAAGGUAAGGGUGUCGACACUGGAGAAUGCAAACAUGACCGAGAUGUCACUUUGGUAGCGGUCAAGGAUGAAAAUGGUGACGAUAAUCUUCCACGUGCGCAUUGGGCUCCUUAUGUCCACUUUGGUAUAUAA